AUGUCAAACCAGGAGCAUUCGCGCAGUAAAACCCCGUCUGGGCAGAAAGACACUGAUUUUGAUUUUGUGUCCUUUCUACGGACCCGAUCGAGUAGUUCCGUAUCUUCUUCCAAGCAGGUGCGGCCAUAUUCGCUGUCGAUGCACACGGAGGACUACUAUUACGCACCGAAACCCAAACACCUGCGCUCGGCGCAGCUUCUGCGGGUUCUGGGGUCCUCUUUCGACCCGUUCUGGAUGUCCAUAGAACGCCCAGCCGAAGCAGGGGUCUGGACGUCAAAGGAGGGAAGCAUCGACACCGAAGCCUGGGGUGGUCCAAAUGCACCCCUACCAAACGCCAAAAACAAGGGUUUUAACGUCAGCGCGUCUCCCGAGCUGUCUGAAGGUGCAGCGCGCUACCAAAAGAAACUAGAAAAGGACGCAGAAGAUUUGGACUUCCGUGAGCUUCCCGCGGAGGUUGCCAGCACGGUGCGUGACUGGCUGGUGCGCUCCGCUACCUGUAGACUGCGCUACCGGUGGGUGAAUCUGGCUCCGGUUUUUUGGCCCCCCUGGAUGCGCCACACAGACUGUGAACAUUUAAGCGAUUCGCGGAGUUGUUCUUUCCCGAGCGGAAUGACGUGCCAGAGGGCGCAAACCACACAGAUAAAGAUUCUGGCCUGGCACUGUUGGGGAAGCGAGGAGGUGGGAGGGAUAAAUAGGGGAACUGUGGUUGUGGGAGCAGGUGUAACAGGCGGCAAAAGAUGUUUGUGGAGGCAGGUGCCUUAUCCCGUGGUAACAGCGUGUAAAUGUUCAUGCAAAUAGUUUGUUUGAUCACUGUAAAUCACUAACGUGAAGCCUAUUUUGGUCAAGUCAAUUGAGUCUACGUAGUUGUAGACAUGGAACGAGGUGUUUUGCUUUUAAUGAUCAGUUUAUCCAGUCUUAAAAUGACCUGUGUGAAUUUAUCAUACUUUUUUUGAGCAAAUAUAUUUUCUUAGUGUUGAAUAUAAGUGUUGAGAUAUAAUAAACGUUAUAUAUUUGCAAACACGCAUUUAAAUGUGUAAGUUUUCUUAAUAUUU